AAGUCUCCAAAAAGGCAAAAAAUAACAGAAAAAAGGAUGAGUAUUGACUAUUGAGUAAAACCAAAAAUACUUUAUUGUAAAAUUAAAGUUGAGGAACUCUGGUGAAGUGUUGAAAUCUCUCGCUCAGCGUUUCAAACAUAAAAACCCCAUCCAUCUCUAAUUUCUUCCGCCCACUCAAAGAUUCUUCUCCGCUUCAAAUAGCCUCUGCGUAGUCUCUGCUCUUUCCUCUCUGCAUCUUCUCCGGUUUCUCUCAGUUUUCCCCGGCUACUAGCCCUAGCGCGCCACCGGAGCUCCCGUGCUGUCGUCGCCGUCGCUGAAGAACAGGAAAGAAGAGAAGCUUUUAAUGGCCGGUAUCGAAAUGCAAGAGCAAGGUGUGCCUUGUGCUGCUGAUGUUGUCCCCAAGGUAGAACCUUCGGAGACAGAAAUUUCUCAAAACCCUAGCGAAAUCCCUCCUCCUCUUCUUCUCGGAGAUAAGACUGUUACUCCACACAGUGAUGCCCGUGUAACUGAAUUUGCCGUUCCCAAGGAACCUGUUGCUAAUGGUCAUGGGAAGAACGGCGAUGCUGGAGUUGUUUCUCACUCUGAGACGAAGACAGGUGAUGAAAAUCCCAAAAAGCGGAAGACUUGGCUGCUGAGUGACUCUGAGGCACUGGGAAGUGAUGAAGCAGGGACACCAGAAGAUCAGAAGGCGUUUCUAAUUGAAUUGGAGACGUUUCACAGAGAGAAUUACCUGGACUAUAAACCUCUCAAGUUUUAUGGACAGCCUUUAAACACUCUCAAGCUAUGGCGAGCGGUUGUUAAACUAGGUGGCUAUGACGUGGUCACCACAUCUAAGCUAUGGCGCCAAGUUGGAGAAUCUUUCCAUCCUCCGAAGACAUGCACAACAGUCUCCUACACAUUCCGUAAUUUUUAUGAAAAGGCACUUUUGGAGUACGAGAAGUAUUUGAGGAAAACUGGUGAGCUUAGCCUUCCUGGUUCAGCACUCAUUGUGUCUCCAAGCCUCGAGAAAGAGGCAGUUAGCCAUCAAGGUUCAGGAUCAGGCAGGGCACGAAGAGAUUCUGCAGCUCGUGCUAUGCAAAAUUGGCAUGCACAGCGCCUUGUUGGAUCUGGAGAUGUUACUGUGCCUAUUGUUAAGGAUAAGGGAUUCACCUCAACUCCAAAGCAUAAGAAACUCAAAAGCAUUGGGCUGCAGAAACACAACACACAAACUAGCAUGGACCCUGUUGUUCCACAAGAAGCAGACAAAGAGUCGGUUGCUGAUGUUGUUGAUGAUGGACCCCUUGCUGACUGGGUGAAGAUAACUGUCAAAGAAACUAAUGAUUCCUUUGAGAUAUUUGCUUUGGUACCUGGACUUCUUCGCAAAGAGGUUCGAAUUCAAUCAGAUCCUGCAGGACGGCUGGUUAUAACAGGCGAGCCUGAGCAGCUUGACAACCCUUGGGGGAUUACUCCAUUCAAAAAGGUUAUUGGCUUAUCAGCAAGAAUCGAUCCGCUCCACACAUCUGCGGUCAUGAGCAUGCACGGUCGGUUGUUCAUACGAGUUCCGUUUGAGCAGUGACUGAUCUCAAGAGCGAACUCUUCAGUUUCUUCUAGGAAUUCAUUUGUUAUCGGAGCCAAAUUGGUAGGCGGCUGAAGCAGUUUUAACUGUAAUUUUAGACUGAAGAAUGAAGUUAAGAUUAGACAAUCAAACAUUGGUAUCUUAGUGUAAGAUAUGUCUUUUGUAAAAGUUGAUAUUACAUUAGUUGGAGAAGCUGCUCCAGCCUUUUAGGGGUGCAACAAAUAAUUAUAUGUUUGGUUCAAAAUUGGAAUGUUAAGCUUUUCGUAUUUAUGCGUUUUUAUAGAUAUGAAUAGUUUUACCUAUCCC